GACCUUUUUGUUUGGUGUUAAGCCGUUCUUACGUUUAUUACAGUCUCAACGUCAUUCUGACAUUGUAUAAAGCCCCGAUAAGUCUGAGUUGCGCUUCCUUUCCUGAACGUGGAACUGUAUGAACUUGUAAGACGACAACAUAGGGCUUAAGCAGUAAUGGGCCGUCACAACGGGAAGGCCCGCAAAGGCGGAGAGCGCGUCGGCGCUUUGCUGGCGGCGAAGAACAAGAAGACCGCCCCCACCACCCAGGCCGCCAUCAGUGCCGCUUUCAAGCACACCACCGAUGCCGGACCUGGUCGCAACAUGCAGAGUGUGCUAGACCGCAACGACCUGGACGAACUCAUGGCCUUGGCCGACCUAGCUGACCGCGACUUCACCGCCGAGCGAGGUCAGGCGGUGGUGAUCAGCAUGGGCGCCAGCGGGGUGGUGGACCCGCGGGAGGAGGCGGCGGCGGCGGAGGCGCGUGCGGAGGCGGAGGCGCGCAACGCACACCGACUGGCGCUGCCGCGGCGUCCCGCUUGGAGCCCGGAGAUGACGGCUGAGCAGCUGGACCUGCAGGAGCGCACCAGCUUCCUGGCCUGGCGGCGCAACCUUGCCCAGCUGGAGGAGGAGGAGAAGCUGCUGCUGACGCCCUUUGAGAAGAACCUGGAGGUGUGGAGGCAGCUGUGGCGCGUGCUGGAGCGAUCGGACAUCGUGGUGCAGGUUGUGGACGCGCGCGACCCGCUGCUGUACCGCAGUGACGAUCUGGAGGCCUACUGCCGCGAGCUGGCGGCCUCUAAGAGCUCGCUGCUGCUGCUGAACAAGGCAGACCUGCUGCCUCCCCACGUGAGGACCGCUUGGGCGAACUUCCUGGACACGGCGGGCGUGGACUACGCCUUCUGGUCGGCCUUCUCGGUCAUUCAGGAGCAGCAGGCGCUACGGUCGGAGGCCUCCGCGUUGGGAGUGGAGCCUGCGGUUCUGAAGAAGUUGCUGCAGCAGCAGCAACAGGAGGAGGCGGAGCGGCAGCAGCAGUACCUUCGACAGCGGCAACGAGCUGCGGGGCUGCCGGAGGCAGCAGUGGAGGCGGAGAAGGAAGAUCCGCGGAUUAAGAUCCUGGAUGUGGACGAGCUGUUGGAGUUGUUCGAGCGCAAAUGCGCGGCUGCUGUGGCGGCGGGUGGCCCAGAUGACCCACGGGUCGCUGAGGGCCCCGACCGGCGCUUCAUGGUGGGCCUUGUGGGCUAUCCCAACGUGGGCAAAUCGUCCACCAUUAACGCACUGUUUGGCGCCAAAAAGACCGCUGUGGCGCCCACUCCCGGCAAGACCAAGCACUUCCAAACCCUCCAUGUCAGCCCCAACGUCGUUCUGUGCGACUGCCCGGGUCUCGUCAUGCCCAAAUUCGCUCGUAGCCGUGCGGAGAUGGUGGCGGCGGGCGUGGUUCCGAUCGACCGGCUCACCGACAUUCGGCAGCCAGUGGAGGUGGUGACGAGCCGUGUCGGCCGGGCGCAGCUGACGGCAGUGUACGGCAUUAAGUUGCCGCCGGCGCCGCGGCACCUGCCGCCGGACACCCCGCCGACCGCCGAGCAGGCGUUACGUGCGUAUGCGGUGCUGCGUGGCUGGACUGCGGGGUCGGGUCUGCCGGAUGAGACACGCGCGGGUCGGCAGUUCCUGCGUGACUACACCAAUGGCAAGCUGGUGUACUGCCUGAUGCCGCCCGGGAGCGCCCACGUGGGCUGGGUGCCGGGGGAGGCGGCGGCGGCGGCUGCGCCGCCGCCGUCGGCAGCGCAAGCACCGCAGGCUGAUGAGCCAGCUGAUGGAGAGGAUACGGAGGAUGAGGAGGGUGAGGACGGGGAAGAGGCUGAGGAGCAGGGGGAGGAUGGCGGCGAGGCUGCGCCCUUGGCAUCGGGAGCGACAGCAACAGCGCCCUCGCAGCGGCCGCGGUCAGGAGCAGUAGCGGCGCGGGCGGUCCCGGCGGAUGACCUGGAUGCGGCGGACCUAGACCUGCUGCAGGAUCUGGGUCUGGGUCCCAAGGAGGCCAAACAGAAGCGGCCGGACUACAAGUUUAACAAGAAGGCUGCUCGCAGCAAGGGUGACCGAGGGCAGCUGCGGGCGGAG